CCUCAUUUGAAAUUUUCUCCUCAGAAAGCAUCAAGUCCUGAGAGCCUCUCAACAGUGCUAGUUUCCUGGCUUUCUGCUGAUGAGAUUUUUGUACCUGAGACUUCAGGGAGCAGAUCUACAAGCCUACUCUAUCUCAGGAGCAGUUACGAGAGCUUGGCCCCUAGAAGAUCUCUAUAAACAUGUGGUGCUUAUUGCUCUUCUUUUGCAAGGUUGCCUAAAAUUGUGCUCAGCAACUGAGUCUGCUGGAGUCAACAUAUCCGUCUUGCUGCCACACCCGGGCUUGGGGAUGAGAGAGGCAAAGCAGAGCCUAUGAGCAGAACUCCGGUGCAUCUACCACCGCUAAGCUAGGGGAAGCAACUCUUCUGCUUGUUCAUUGCCCCGAAGGCAUUUUCCAUUUCAUGGGCCCUCCCGCUCCAUAUCCCUCACCUUUUGCCCCUCAGUUUUAGCUCUGGCCCCUAGGGAAGCGUCCCUGGCUGCGGGGCUGACAGCGUUUGGGGGCACGGGGUCUUGUUUUCUGCGCUCCAGCCCAUCAGUGCACAGAGCCUCGUUCCCGGGUUCCCGGAGCCCGGCGGGCAUUGACGUCAAACGGCAGCGGAGCGCUGCCUACAGACGGCUGACCCGGACUCUCCUCUACACCCCCGUCCUUCUUCUCCCCCUCCCUCUUCCCGGCACCCGAUUUCUACCGGCUAUAAGAAGCGGGAGAGCGCAGUGCCAGAGCAGCGAGGAGGUCCAGAACCAUGGAGAGCUCCCGCCUGCGGCUGCUACCCCUCCUGGGCGCCGCCCUGCUGCUACUGCUACCUUUGCUGGGUGUCGGUGCCCAGGAGGAUGCCGAGCUGCAGCCCCGAGCCCUGGACAUCUACUCGGCCGUGGAUGAUGCGUCCCAUGAGAAGGAGCUGCCAAGGCGGCAACUUCGGGCUCCCGGCGCUGUGUUGCAGAUUGAAGCGCUGCAAGAAGUCCUGAAGAAGCUCAAGAGUAAACGCAUUCCGAUCUACGAGAAGAAGUACGGCCAAGUCCCCAUGUGUGACGCUGGAGAGCAGUGCGCAGUGAGGAAAGGGGCCAGGAUCGGGAAGCUGUGUGACUGUCCCCGAGGAACUUCCUGCAAUUCUUUCCUCUUGAAGUGCUUGUGAAGGGACAGCCUCCACCUUCGGCUCCCAUACCCCCUCUUCCCCCCAAAGGAGCGCUCCUUUAUCCCUGGAGCCUGGCUUUAGCAACAAUAAAGUUUGCAUUCCCCUCAGAGAGUGGAUGGGCUCAUUCCCUGCUGCUUCAAAAUAAAAGAUUUGAUGUUAUUGUGUGAA